AAGCUGAGGCACGAAGUAGUUGCUAGUUGUGCGUGGAACGCCACCGAAGCCAUAACUCAAAGUUAAAAGUGAAUGAAAAGCGCUUUGGACUUCAGUGUCGGAGCAACUGGUCCAUUGCGAUUAAUAAAUUGUUUAUCCUUUUGUUGUUCGCUUGAUGCAAUAAUCUCUAUGAGUUUAAAUACGAAUUUCUGGUGGCGAUUCAACGAACGGGAUUUUUUCAUCAAUUAAAACCGGGGACGAGUGCCUGCUAGUGCUAACUACCGCAGGUGCCAAGGAGACAAAAAAAAAUCUGUAAUCGAUGGGUUGAGAACGCCGAACGUCGUUGUACCACUGAUUCAAUUCAUGUAAAAAUAAUAUUUUUGACCACGAGUGUUUAUGCCACAGAGAAGUAAGAUUUAUCAAUCACGUAGCUCACAGAUGAGCCAAAAUGCUGAAGGUAGUAGGAGCCUCCUGGCUGCAGACCCGUAUCUCCACGUACAUUUUGGUUGCCGUUGCCCUCAUGGGAAUCGGCGCCAUUGUGUUUGGUGAAUUCGGAAGGGUUGAAAACGAUGGAACAUACGCUGCGGUGGUAACCUGGAACCCCAAAACGGGGUAUAAGAUCGAUUUCUGGGGCCAAGGUAAUGAUCUUGAGACACUACCAAGACGAGCAGCAAGGGCGUACUACAGGACAAGGAUUCAGGAGACAGGUUGGUCAUUCGUCGAGAUUGAAACAUCACCAAAUUACUCAGAUACAGUCCAAGCAUACGCUGCUGGCCUCCUGGAGGGCAGUCUGACCUGGCAACUCAUACAUCACCAUUGGCAUAAUACCAUUGAGGCACCGUGUGUUGGGAGGGAGGAGGUCUGUGAUAAGAUCAGGAAAGGGCUGAAGGAAAAUGCUGAAGCAACCAGACUCACGGCUAAUACACUGGCUGCUGAGGAUCCCUUCUGGCAUAUGGUGCGAUUAUUCUACACUCAAUUGGCCGGUUUGGAGCAGGGCUGGAGGCAGGCGGCGAAGCGUAGCAAGAAUUCCGCUGUGCUUACUCAAGAAGAUUUUUUGUGGCUUACCAUGGCCUCAGACAUCCCCAACUUCGGCUCUGAAUAUCAACCAACGUCGGAGAGGAAUUUAAAUCUCGAGGCGGGAGGAAUUCUCGUAAAGUCUGUGCUGACAGAGGAGGACGAUCCGCGGAGUUUGAUUGGAAUCAUUCAUAGCACUGCUGCACCCUACCAAAAAAUGUUGAGACUGAUAAAAAAGUAUACAUUCGGUUACCACAUGAAUUCAGCGAAAAAUUCCGCUCGUGUGCCAACUCGGGCUAUCAUAGCAUCGUCAUAUCCAGGAGCAUUAUCAUCACAAGACGAAUACUAUCUUCUUCAGGGAGAGAAAAGCGAGGACACCAUGAUCAUCGCAGGAACACCACUGACACCGUUUGAACCCAAUAGUGAGGAUACCGAGGGGGAAAUCAUAGUCGCCGAAAAAGAAGAAUCUCAUACAGUGAUGUCAGCGGCCAGAAUAAUGUCUUCAAACUGGCUCUCCUCCUCGGCUCUCUCCUGGGGCCGCUACCUGGCACGUCGUCGUGCCCCCGAGACCCUCUCCAAACCCGUCCAGUGGAUUAUCAUCACCCCCCAAGACACCUCCAUCUGGAUAAUCGAGCAACAUCCAGCCGAAACUCACGCGAUCGAUUAUACGAAAAUUUUCACCACCACCAAGUCAUUGUUUUGCAACGGAAAAUCCGUUUUUGAACAUAAACAGUCCAUUCCGGUUUCUUCUGCCAUCACUCCAAGUCCUCCAGAGCAUUCCACACCCCCAGAAGUGUCUAAACAUCUCGAAAAUAGCGAUGGGACUGACAAAAAAGAGAAAAAUUCGGUUGAAAGCAAUGAAAUUGGAAAAAUUAAACAAAAUGGCUCAAUCUCUGACAAAAUAAAUUCCACUCUGAAUUCGAAACUAAUCGAAGAAACACCUGGAGCAGAAUGGGUGAUGGGUUAUAGGGGUGACCUUGAGAAGGUGGCAGUUCCGUUUGGAAAUAUUGAUACAAAAUUGAUACUCAUUGGAUCUGAGGGGAUUGACACUUUCGAAGCCACUUCCGGUCCAUUUCCCGGACGAUUCGGGGAGGCUUUCGAGUGGAAGAGGGACUUCCCGGGGGUUACGCACGUCGGACAGCCUGAGAAGUUCAAUUUUAAACCCGUGACGCCAUCCUGGGCUUGGGCUUAGGUGUAUUUUAUUGAUUUUGGGUGUCUUAUUGAUUGUGUUUUAAAUGUAAUUUGUGGAAGGCAGAUCGUGAGGAGCUCUGAGAUUUUUUAAAUUGUGUCAUGUCGAUAUUUUGUAAAAGUUUGAUUUGUUUUUUUAUGGGAGUGAUGAUGAGGUGUCAGUGAGCUACGUGUAGAUUUUUUGUGCUCUCCAUGGCAGUAAAUAAAGAGGUCAAAAAUAA